AUGCCGCCACCCAACCAAGCCCUUCCGCCCUCGGCAUUCUUCACCACGCUACUUUCUUUGCUGUCUCUCGAGCAGGCUUCCGAAGUCGGCGAGUCCACUGUCAUCCUGUCGGCCACGCCACCCAGUACUUUGGCACGUGUUGGGCUAGCGAUUCUCAACUUGUCAAUCCAGUCCCUGAAGACCGGGCUUGGGGGCCGUUCUGUGGUAGAACUCGGCCUAGACUCCGCUGUUGUCAGCAAGGAUUCCAACGGCGAAUUGCCUGAACAUGGGCUCCGGACCGGCGAUAUCGUCCGGCUCGGGGAUAUGCCCAAGGGCACGGCAAAGAAGAAAGAAGUCAACGAGUUGAAGGGAAAGGGCGUCGAAGGGGUUAUCACCAGGGUUGGCCAAAGAGCUGUCUGGGUCGCCUUGGGCAAGGAAGGAGGUGAUGAUGUCGAAGCGCUGUCUGAUGGGAAGCUGUGGUUAGUCAAGCUGGCGAAUGAUGUCACAUACAAAAGAAUGAACCAGGCGCUAACCAAGCUACUCAAAACACCUGAAACGUCGUACACCACUUUGCAGCGUGUUCUUCUGGGCCUAUCUCCCCCGAGAGCUCCAGACCCAGAAAGAGCAAAGGACAUUGUGUUCUACGAUCCCACACUGAACGCUUCGCAACAGGAUGCCAUUCGAUUUGCCCUUUCGUCACCGGAGAUAGCAUUGAUUCAUGGCCCGCCGGGUACCGGAAAGACUUACACUUUGAUCGAACUGAUUCUGCAACUUGUGAGGCAGAACCAACGCGUGCUGGUCUGCGGACCUAGCAAUAUCAGCGUGGAUAAUAUUGUCGAACGUCUAGCGUUGACAUCCCCAAGCACAUCCAUCGUUCGCCUCGGCCACCCGGCCCGCCUCUUGCCCAGUGUCUUGAACCAUUCCCUUGAGAUCUUAACCCGCACUAGCGAAGCUGCGGAAAUUGUCAGCGAUGUGCGCAAAGAAAUGGACGAAAAGCAGGCAUCCAUACGGAAGACCCGCAACGGCCGUGAACGUCGCGCAAUAUAUGCCGACCUCAAGGGGCUGAGGAAGGAAUACCGUGAGAGAGAGGCGAGAUGCAUAGACGGGCUCGUCAAGGGCAGCAAAGUCGUGUUAUCGACGCUCCAUGGCGCAGGGAGUCAUCAGUUGCGCAGUGAGCAGUUCGAUGUGCUGGUCAUCGACGAGGCGAGUCAGGCGUUGGAACCUCAGUGCUGGAUCCCGCUUGCAUUCGGCGGUGGCAGCGUGAGGAAAUUGGUGUUAGCAGGCGACCAUCUGCAAUUACCUCCAACCGUGAAAAGCACGGACAAUAAAGAGAACAAGGCAGACAAGAAAGCCAUGAUGAAGACCCUGGUAGAAGAACUGACAAAAUUGGCUGUGAAAGACGAAGAGAUCAAAGCAGCGAGGAAUUGGUCUUUGGAGACGACCAUGUUCGAUCGACUCCUGGCAAUGUACGGCUCCGGGAUCAAGAGGCUGUUGAACACGCAAUAUCGAAUGCAUGAGAAGAUCAUGCGAUUCCCCAGCGACGAACUUUAUGGUGGCGAACUUGUUGCAGCUGACGCGGUCAAGACUCGACUUCUAACAGACUUGCCUUAUGAAGUACGGGCGACCGAAGACACCACAGAACCCCUGGUAUUCUUUGAUACCCAAGGUGGAGAUUUCCCUGAAAAGACCGAAGACGAUACUGGCGGGCAGCUCACUAGAUCUCUAUUGCUUGGCGACAGUAAGAGCAAUGAGAUGGAAGGGGCUCUCGCUGCAGUGCAUGUGAAGAAUCUGAUCGAGGCUGGUGUCAGAGAAGAAGACAUUGCUGUCGUGACACCAUAUAAUGCGCAGCUUGCCAUCCUCAGCUCCCUGUUGAAGGCAAAGUACGCAAACAUCGAACUCGGUAGUGUGGAUGGCUUCCAGGGGCGGGAAAAGGAAGCUGUCGUCGUCAGUCUCGUCAGAAGUAAUGCUGAACACGAAGUAGGCUUCCUGGGUGAGAGAAGGAGAUUGAACGUUGCAAUGACACGACCGAAACGACACCUAUGCGUGAUCGGCGAUUCAGAGACAGUGUCCAGAGGCAGCCCGUUUCUCAAGAGGUGGAUGAAGUUCCUCGAGGACAACGCUGAUUUGAGAUACCCAGGCCUUCAGGAUCUGAGAUCAGGAUGA